AUGUCUUCAAAAGGAUUAGCAAUCAUCGCCGGUGUUGGCCCUGGCACAGGAGCCUCGAUCGCUCGGCGAUUUGGCAAAGCGUAUUCUGUAGUUCUUCUAUCUCGCAAUGCGAGCAACUUUGAGCCUCUUGUCCAGGAGAUCAACGGAAAUGGUGGCCAUGCCUUGGGUAUUAGCACCGACGUCUCAGAUGCGAAAAGCGUCAACUCGGCCUUCGACGAGAUCGCGAAGCAAUUCCCAGACUCACCGGUGGCUGCAUCGAUCUUCAACCCUGCUGGAGGAUUCGUACGAAAACCGUUCCUGGAGCUGACCGAAGAGGACUACUCUACAGCGAUUGACUCGCAAGCAAGAGGAGCAUUUUAUUUCGCCCAGCGGGCUUUGCCUCUUCUCUUGAAAGCCAAGGAUUCCAUUCCGUAUCCGCCAACUCUGAUCUUCACCGGUGCGACAGCCAGCGUGAAGGGAUCCGCGAAUUUCGCCGCCUUUGCGAGCGGCAAGUUUGCUCUUCGUGCUUUGGCUCAAUCUCUGGCCCGUGAAUUUGGACCUCAAGGUGUCCAUGUCUCGCAUACUAUCAUUGAUGGAGUCAUUGAUAUCCCACGAACGAAGCAGUGGAUUGUUCCUGGUGAAGAUGCAAAGCUGAAUCCCGACGCGAUCUCAGUCAAGGGCUCGUUCGGUGCAGCAGCCACGACCACCAACCACCUCACCAACACGUCGAAUCUGAAAUCGAGGACCGUCAAAAUGGUCCUCGAUGAUGCCUCUCCGCAGGCAGGGGCCUAUCCCGACACGCCUGGACGAGCUGGCCCUCAAGAGAAAGAAUCACUGGGACCGAACCCCGCGAUGGCCAGCAAUUUCAAGUUACAAGUAAAGUCUGACUUUGUGGUCAGACCAGAUUACUUCACAUUGGUUUUUGGAUUCCUCGGGCGCCGAAACUGGGAACGCACCGUCGCGUAUACGAUGAUGGAGCGAGUGGAAAACAGCUGGCUCCUCACGGGACGCGCACUCACUCAAGACGAGCUGGACGCAUUCACAGCUUAUUCGACACAGACACUCUAUUACCGUCGCAUGGGCGUACCGAUUGCUUCAUUCUUCGGCACGGCUUGGAUCUACAAUACCACACGCAAGAACCUGAGUCUCCCGUCAAACGCUAGCCCAACUACGGUUUACACUGCCCUCCGCAAUUUCGCGAAGGCCGAUAAGGCCGGAUUCCGGUCCACGCUCGCGUCGGCUGCUUUCAAGAUGCUCUUCAUCACUACAACUGGCGCUAUACUUUCGGGAUUCGCCGCUCUCUGGACGGAAACGAGGAGCGUUGUCACGGAUCCUCGUCUGAGAGGCUUCGUGGAGGACAUGAGAGGUCAGAAACCCGAGGAAGUUCGAAACAGGAAGGUGAAAGCUGCGAGUGAACGCGUCCGUCGCAUGCGUGGAGGAGAGAAGGACAUUGAACCCUAUAUCAUCGAGGAGUUGCGCCACCCAGGCUCGCACGUUGAAAGGAAUGACACCGACUCGUACGCCUACGACAACUCCCCUACUUCGUCCUCUGUGGAUGAUGGCAUGGUCUAUGCCACAUCGGACGAGUCAAGUUCUGCUAGUCAACAGCAGUCUAUGACUGCAACACCCCGGAGGACCUGGGGCUCUAGCACACAAGCAGGCCCGGCCCGAACUGGAUCAGCCGGUGAGCCUUCCGGUGGUACAGAUUACUUCCUCAGCAGCAACGACGACGAUGCAAGUCCCACCGCACCGGAGUACCGAACCACAAAUCCCGGCAGUUCAACUUCGGGGAGUGCCUGGGAUCGUCUUCGUCGACAGACCGGGUCCCAGCCUUCACGAGCGCCUCCGACUCAAGAAUCAGCGCCUCAAUGGGGCCAGCAACAAGAUUCUGGCAGCUCAAGUGAGCGGGAUGUGUACUAUGCGAACCAGGAGCGCGAGCAGAAUCAGGCCCAGGCCGAGUUCAAUCGAAUGCUAGAGGCAGAGAGACAAAUUUCGAAUGAUUCAUCCCAAAGCCGGCGCUGGUAG